AUGAGCAACACCGCCGCCACAGCCACCAACUACGGGGACUACUCCGACAGCACGAUCGGCGACACGGCCCUAGGCGGGUUCGGGUACGGCGUGGGGCUCUCCGUGGCCGUCCUCGCCAUCUUCGUCGUCAUCACCUACUUCUCCUACAAGUGCAAGAAAUCAUCACACCAAAAUUCCCUCUCCUUCUCCUCCUCCUCCUUCCGCAGCCGCUACUUCGCCGGCGAUCACAGCGCCGGCGCGUCGGUGCAUGUCGUCGUCCGCAGCGACGGCCUCGACGCGGCCGCCAUCUCGGCCAUCCCGCUCUACACCUACGCGCGGCUCAGGGCCCACGGCGGCGGCGCCGCCGUGGGCGGCGGCUGCGCCGUGUGCCUUGGGGAUUAUAAGGAGAGCGAGGAGGUGAGGCUGAUGCCGGAGUGCGGGCACGUGUUUCACCGGAGCUGCAUUGAUCCGUGGCUCGUGAUUCAUCCCACGUGCCCAAUAUGCCGGAAUACGCCGGUGGCGGCGGUGGUAGAACAGCCUGCAACAGUUGCCAAUCAAUAA